CUGGGGAGCCGAGUGCUGAGCGCCAGGGACGGACUGGGCUGCGAUUGCUGGAGGCGCAAGGGGGAUACUUUGUCCUUACUCUGUCCACCUUCCCCCACCCCCAUCUGAGAGGUCCGAGAGUGGCUGGGGAGGGGCCUAAGCCAGGAGGGGGUACAGACGUCCCGUCACAAGCUGUGGACACCCCCGCCCCCCUCUGCCACCUACUACCUUCUUGGGUGAAAGGCAAGGCCAGGAGUAAAAGAAGUGAACGCUCUGCUCUCGGUGCCUGCUCUUAACUAAGGUUCCAAAUGGCAAAUUCUAUGAAUGGCAGAAAUCCUGGUGGUCGAGGAGGAAACCCCCGAAAAGGGCGAAUUUUGGGUAUUAUUGAUGCAAUUCAGGAUGCAGUUGGACCCCCUAAGCAAGCAGCAGCAGAUCGCAGGACUGUAGAGAAAACUUGGAAACUGAUGGACAAAGUGGUAAGACUGUGCCAAAAUCCAAAACUUCAGUUGAAAAAUAGCCCACCAUAUAUACUUGAUAUUUUACCUGACACAUAUCAGCACUUGCGACUAAUUUUGAGCAAAUAUGAUGACAACCAGAAACUUGCCCAACUCAGUGAAAAUGAAUAUUUUAAAAUCUACAUUGAUAGUUUAAUGAAAAAGUCAAAACGGGCAAUAAGACUCUUUAAAGAAGGCAAGGAGAGGAUGUAUGAAGAACAAUCACAGGACAGACGAAAUCUCACAAAACUGUCCCUUAUCUUCAGUCACAUGCUGGCAGAAAUCAAAGCAAUCUUUCCAAACGGUCAGUUCCAGGGAGAUAACUUUCGAAUCACAAAAGCAGAUGCUGCUGAAUUCUGGAGAAAGUUUUUUGGCGACAAAACUAUCGUACCAUGGAAAGUAUUCAGACAGUGCCUUCACGAGGUCCAUCAAAUUAGCUCUGGCUUGGAAGCAAUGGCUCUAAAGUCAACAAUUGAUUUAACUUGUAAUGAUUACAUUUCAGUUUUUGAAUUUGAUAUCUUUACCAGACUAUUUCAGCCUUGGGGCUCUAUUUUACGGAAUUGGAAUUUCUUAGCUGUAACACAUCCAGGUUACAUGGCCUUUCUCACAUAUGAUGAAGUUAAAGCACGACUGCAGAAAUACAGCACCAAACCUGGAAGCUACAUUUUCCGGUUAAGCUGCACUAGACUGGGGCAGUGGGCCAUUGGCUAUGUGACAGGGGAUGGAAAUAUCUUGCAGACCAUUCCACAUAAUAAGCCUUUAUUUCAAGCCCUGAUUGAUGGUAGCAGGGAAGGAUUCUAUCUUUAUCCGGAUGGGAGGAGUUAUAAUCCUGAUCUGACAGGAUUAUGUGAACCUACACCCCAUGAUCACAUAAAAGUUACACAGGAACAGUACGAACUCUAUUGUGAAAUGGGCUCCACGUUUCAGCUCUGUAAAAUUUGUGCCGAGAACGACAAAGAUGUCAAGAUUGAGCCUUGUGGGCAUUUGAUGUGCACCUCUUGCCUUACAGCUUGGCAGGAAUCAGAUGGCCAGGGCUGCCCCUUCUGUCGCUGUGAAAUUAAAGGAACGGAGCCCAUAAUUGUGGACCCCUUUGAUCCGAGAGAUGAAGGCUCCAGGUGCUGCAGCAUCAUUGACCCCUUUGGAAUACCCAUGCUGGACUUGGAUGAUGAUGACGACCGAGAGGAGUCCUUGAUGAUGAAUCGGUUGGCAAAUGUUCGAAAGUGCACUGAUAGGCAGAAUUCACCAGUCACGUCUCCAGGAUCCUCUCCUCUUGCACAAAGAAGAAAGCCCCAUGCAGAUCCUCUCCAGAUCCCACAUCUCAGCCUGCCACCAGUGCCUCCUCGCCUGGAUCUCAUUCAGAAAGGCAUAGUUCGGUCUCCCUGUGGCAGCCCAACUGGAUCACCAAAGUCUUCUCCUUGCAUGGUGAGAAAACAAGAUAAACCGCUCCCAGCACCACCCCCUCCCUUAAGAGAUCCUCCUCCCCCUCCACCUGAAAGACCGCCUCCCAUCCCACCUGACAAUAGACUGAGUCGUCACUUCCAUCCUGGGGAAAGUGUGCCUUCCAGAGACCAACCAAUGCCUCUUGAAGCCUGGUGCCCUCGGGAUGUGUUUGGGACUAAUCCGUCAGUGGGAUGUAGACUCCUAGGGGAAGGCUCUCCAAAACCUGGAAUCACAGCAAGUUCAAAUGUAAAUGGAAGGCACAGUAGAAUGAGCUCUGACCCAGUGCUUACCAGGAAACACAGAUGCCAUGAUUUGCCUUUAGAAGGAGCCAAGGUCUUCUCCAAUGGUCACCUGGGAAGUGAAGAAUAUGAUGUUCCUCCCCGGCUGUCGCCCCCUCCUCCAGCCACUACCCUUCUCCCUAGCAUCAAGUGUACUGGUCCAUUAGCAAAUUCCCUUUCCGAGAAAACAAGAGACCCACUAGAGGAAGACGAUGAAUACAAGAUCCCUUCAUCCCAUCCUGUUUCCUUGAACUCACAGCCAUCUCAUUGUCAUAAUGUAAAGCCUCCUCUUAGGUCUUGUGAUAACGGUCAUUGUAUAUUGAAUGGAACACACGGUACCUCUUCAGAGAUGAAGAAAUCAAACAUCCCUGAUUUAGGCAUAUACUUAAAGGGAGAUGUUUUUGAGUCAGCCUCUGAUCCAGUGCCAUUACCACCUGCCAGGCCUCCAAGCCGGGACAACCCAAAGCAUGGUUCUGCACUCAACAGGACGCCCUCUGAUUAUGAUCUUCUCAUCCCUCCAUUAGGUGAAGAUGCUUUCGAUGACCUUCCACCUUCCCUCCCACCUCCUCCCCCUCCUGCAAGGCACAGUCUCAUUGAGCAUUCAAAACCUCCUGGCUCCAGCAGCCGACCAUCCUCAGGACAGGACCUCUUCCUUCUUCCUUCAGAUCCCUUUUUUGACCCAGCAAGUGGCCAAGUUCCUUUGCCUCCUGCCAGGAGAUUACCAGGUGAAAAUGUCAAAUCCAACAGAACAUCACAGGACUAUGAUCACCUUCCUUCAUCUUCAGAUGGUUCUCAAGCACCAGCCAGACCUCCUAAGCCACGACCCCGCAGGACUGCACCAGAAAUUCACCACAGGAAACCCCAUGGGCCCGAAGCCGCAUUGGAAAACGUCGAUGCAAAAAUUGCAAAACUCAUGGGAGAGGGUUAUGCCUUUGAAGAAGUGAAGCGAGCCUUAGAGAUAGCCCAGAAUAACGUUGAAGUGGCCCGUAGCAUCCUCCGAGAAUUUGCCUUCCCCCCUCCCGUCUCCCCACGUCUGAAUCUAUAGCAGCCUGAACUAUAAAAAACAAGAUGUAAAUCGAUGAAUAUUCUAGGAGUGCGGAAAGAAGUGAAAUGGAAUUCAGGAGAGAAAGUAUCUCCUCCUCAACGUGGCAUCUGGAGAAGAGAGAGGCUUAGAAGUGCUGCUUCUCAGAAGACAGCUGCUUGCUCAGGAAGUCAGCGGCUGGGCUCUCUUAUUUUUGCUAGCCAUACUUUUAAAUCAGGGUUGAACUGACAAAAAUAAUUUAAAGACGUUUACUUCCCUUGAACUUUGAAUCUGUGAAAUGCUUUUCCUUGUUUACAAGUUGGCGAAGUUGCAGUUUUUGUUUUGAGUUUUUUGUGUUUUGUUUUCAUCCCUGUACUGUGUUCUUCUUGGGCCCUUUGUAGAGCGGUCAGGUCUGCUGUAACAUCCCCCACCAGCUUCCUUGCUGUCACAUCUACAAUUAAGUCCUAUAUGCAUUUUGAUUGCUCCCAUUCCAUCCCCCUCUCUACCACCUCCCGGUCCAAUUCCAUUUCUCCCAUUUAUAAGAUGCUUUAAAGGUUCUGAUUUUCAGCAUAUCAAACUAAUGCAAAAAAAAAAAAAAAGUGUGGCCUUCACUACUGAAUCUUUUCUUUGGACACCAUCACUGUUGAGAGAUGGGGAAAAUCUGAAUGUAUAAAGCAUUUUUUUGUCAAUGAACUGCCUUUUUUAAAUAAGGGGUUUUCAUAUACUAUAGAGGCACUUCCAUAUUUUGUGUAAAUUUUGUGAUCCUUCAGUCUUCCAUAGUCUCAUCUUUGUUAUCCCAGGGGUGUCAUAACUCUGUAUAAACCUAAAAUACUAGCAAGCAACUACUGCAGAUGUGGGAGAAAUACACUUGUUCACAACAAUGCUGCAUUAAAGUUACAUGAUGAGGACCCUGAUAUUUAGGUCUGGUUACUUAGGCAGUAUAAAGGGGCCAUCUCCCUGAAAUAUAUUAAUAAUUUUCCAAGUUAUAGUCAGACCUUGCUCUAAGUGGAAUGGAAAUCAUUUCCUGUUUGAGUGAUUUCACUCUAGUAUCUAAUAGGUUUAGGAAUCAUCCCAUAUUGUGGUGGAAACAAUCUUUGAUGCACUGCUAAGUGCCAAUGCUACUGUGGCAAUAUUUUUUGCAAAUUUCUUUCUCUCUGUAAUCAAAUUAAAGUUCAUAUAUUUAAUUUGUAGAUUCUUACUGCCCACAUUGCUCCAUCCAAUCGGGUAAAAAAAAACAAGAGUUUUGCCUUUUAUUGAGCAUCUAUGAUGUGCUCAGCGCUGUUAGGCACUGUGUUUUUAAAGCACAAACUGUUGCAAGCUAAUUCCAACAGUGUGUUAUUUGUUACCUGUACUUUUGAUAAGUCUCUGAUGGACAAAAUCUAGGUUUCCAGCAGAGCUUCAGAAUUUUCAGGCAACUUACUUUUUUUUUUUUCUUUCCUGAGAAGUUAGCAGAGAAAUGAGAGAAAACCAGGUGUAUGUGAAAUGCUUGAACCCACAGGUUUUCUAAAUAUGAACUAUGUUUGUGCACAUAUCUGCCGCUCCUUUCUUAAUUUCAAAGACAAUAUGAUGUAAAAGAUGCAUCUGACAGAGAGCCUCUUCAGGAAUUGAAAGGACAUGGCUGAGCAUCUAGCAGACACAACUGAAAUAAAUGAAACUUGGGUAGUCAACCUGGGGCGGGAAACCAGUGCAUUCCUUUGCAAAGUGACGUGCCUUUCCUGACAGUCUGGCUAUCAAGAUAGGGCGGACUUGAGGCGUCAAGGGACUUGGAUAGUUUGUGCUCCUGUUUUAUUUCAGGUGAUUCUGACUAGUUAACUGUCCCUAAAUAGGAAUUUUUACUGUGUCUUAGAUGUUAUUCCUGUGAGUAGGUGUGACUGCAGUUUUUUAUACUUUUAAAAAUUGGAUUGGGAAUUUUUCCAUUGCUUUAUAAACCAUAUUAUGUCAUCAUGAUUUCCCACUUGUUUUAUCAGUUUCUGAUGUCAGACUAGCACUGUAUAUUUUAUGACUUGCUGAUCGUAAGUACAGUCUAAAAGCCAAAAGUUGUCCCUUCAUUGUGAUAAUAUUGUUCUAACACUGAUAAGGGAAUGAUAAAAUGCUGAAUGCUAGAAAAUACAGUACAUUUGAACAUUUUUCAAGUAUGAGAAACUGUGAGAAGACUGGUAAUGAUACCAUACAUUUCCUUAAGGAUUUGCAAAAAGAGAAACUUACUAGUCUCCACCAAAAUCUCUCUGCACCUUGUACUCAAGUUUUUCGUCAUAAGAAUGAAUCUAAAACUUGUACAGAAAAGAAUGGAAAGAAGAAACUUUAUCAAAUACAAAAAACCAUUGCUACCUAUUCCCUAUGACAACCAACAAAAGAAAGUGAAUAAACCAAAAUACAUUUUAUUUCUAAAAAUGAUUAUCCAAUAAUGACUGGAAAUGAUCCACACUCAGUUCCACUCUGAUUCGAAUAGUUUGGCACGCCUCCCAUCUCUCCAGACUUGCUAAUACAUUUUUUUAAAACAGUAUGACAUAAUUGAAUCCAACAUUCAACCUGCUUGUCCCAACCCCCAAAUGUUCUGAGGGUAGAAGUACUUAUCCUCAUUGAUAGUCCAAUAAAUUAAUCUCCUAAUCUUUUCCACCUUUAUGUCUGCAACAUCCUGGCCAAAUAUUUUAGAAUUGAUCAAAACAAUGCUUAUGGUUAACUUGAACUUCUUCCAACAGAUGACCUUUAACCCUUCCCUAUCCACUUCUCCAAGCCCACGUUGAAAAUAGUCUUAAUAAUAGACCCCUAAUUACAACUUCAAAGAGCCCAUUUUUAACUCAAUGUUUCCUAUACAAGAACACUUACAAAUAAUUCAUAAUGUGAAUUUUUUAUGUUUUAGUUCCAGAAGCAUUUCCUACACUUUGGACAUCUUUUCUUUCAGAUUUUCAACUUAAAGCUUAAUUUGCACUGAGUUAUCUAACCUGGUUAAAAUUUUAUUUUCUCUUAAGCUGACAGAUAUGGAAGCCAAUUACAAAUGUUUUCAACAAUACAGGUACUGCCUGUUGACCUGGAAUUUUAGUGCUUCUAGGAAAAGUUUCCAGAAAAAGACAGCAAUAGAGUGAAGGGUUUUCUUCCCAAUUGCUAUUUUUUUUAAAUACCUUUUUAAACUUGUCUAAUGUGGCAAAAUAGUUAUGUGUUCAAUUAAUUUAUAUUCAUUCUUUUGCAAUUUUGGUUAUUAUGUAAACGCAAGUACUU